AUGGUGCAGAAAGCGCCGUAUGGCUUCAUCCUUUCACCACAUGGCCCCAGGCGAGUGGCAUGGGAUUUCAUCUCCAUGUUGCUCCUCUUCUAUGAUGUCGUGACCAUCCCGCUCACUGCUUUUGACCCUGAUCCCACUUUGUUCACGGACACGAUGGAUUGGAUUACACAGAUCUUCUGGACCUGCGAUAUUGGAAUGUCCUUGAUCACGGGCUUUGUCCAGGAAGGCACCGUCAACUUGCACCCAUGGCCGAUAUUCAUAAACUAUCUGAAGACCUGGUUUAUUCUGGAUCUGCUGGUCUGCGGCCCAGACUGGAUCUUCACGAUUGUGAAUAUUUCGGGAUCACAGGAAGCAACCGACCCGGGAUCGGUCAACAGGCUGCUGCGAUCUCUUCGAGUGGUUCGGACUGUCCGGCUUCUUCGUCUUGUGAAACUCAAGCGAAUCCUGGCGAUGAUCAAGGAUCGGAUCACGUCCGAGGCGGUCUUUAUUCUGGUGAACAUCUUCCGUAUGAUUCUCAUGCUGCUUCUGGUCAAUCAUUUCAUUGCGGCGACCUUCUACCUCAUCGGGAGCUUGGGGCAGCCCCUACACAAUUGGCUGGACGCUUACAAAAUGCAGAAGGUAGACGCAGACUUGUUUUUCCGCUACAGCACGAGCCUCCAUUGGUCUUUGACGCAAUUCACACCGGCCUCCAUGGAUGUCCAUCCGCAAAAUGUUGCUGAACGUUGCUUUGCCAUCUUGGUCUUGAUUGCUGGUCUGGUCCUAUUCUCCUCCUUCAUUAGCUCCAUUACUGGAUCCAUGUCCCAGCUCCGGAACAUGCAAGCCGACCGCUCCAAGCAGUUCUGGCUGCUCCGCCGCUACCUCAAGCAGCAGAAGGUUCCCAUGGACCUCUGCUUCCGAGUUCUGCGUUACGUGGAGUAUGCCACGAGCACCUCUCAUGAUCGUGUUCCGGAGGGGCGCAUCACGAUCCUCAGUUCUCUCACGGAGCAGCUCAGGAACGAGCUGACCUUUUACACUCACUACCGCAACCUCAAGAAGCAUCCUGUGUUCAAUCAAGUCGCAGGCAUGAAUGAGGCCGUUCUAAACCGUAUGAGCGCGCAGACGUUAAGCUCAAUGGACUUAGCUGCUGGUGAUCCGCUGUUCAGUCUCGUGGACGCAUCUCGACACAUGUUCUUCAUUGAGACGGGUGCCAUUCGCUAUACCGUGCAUGACAAAGACAGAGAGUUGUCGAAGCAGCGGAGGACCGUGUCUUUGCCGGACUUGCCGACAGAUGCUGAAGUGGAUCCUGGCCGGUCAACGGUCUUGGGCAAGGCAGACUACCUUUGCGAAGUGGUCCUAUGGAGCCCCUUCCAGCACAUCGGCGUGGCGCAGGCCAUAGCUGAGGCCAGCGUGAUUCGCGUUGAAAGCCUGACCUUCUGCGAGUUGGUGCAGAAGGACUCAGAGCUGCGUGAACUGAUGUCGCUGUACGCACAUCGGUUCGUUGAGCAUAUGAACACAGAGUCGAUCGAGUGGGUGGAGAUCAGCAACCAGGAUGCGAAGGAUUUCACCAACGAGUUCUUCCAGACGCAGUGA